AUUCUUCCCAAACUUGAAGCUGCUAGCUAGCUAAGCUUUGAGCUGAAAACCAGCCCCACCCUCCUUAGACUUUAGCCAUUAUUAUAUCCUGUUAUAGAAGCGGAAGUUUACUCAACCACGAUCAACUGUUGCUUGUUGCAUAAUCGUUUGUUGAAUCAAGAUGGGGAACAAGUUAGAGGUACCUAUAGUUGACCUGAGUGGCAAGGUGGCCAUAGUGACUGGAGGGAACACUGGCAUUGGCUAUGAGUUGGUCAAGGGACUGGCAGAGAUGGGUGCUCACACCAUCAUGGCCUCCAGAUCAGAGGAGAGGGCCACUGCUGCAAUCGCUCGUAUAAAAGAAAGUUCUGAGAAAGAUUUGAAAGUGGAGUUUAUGCGUCUGGACCUUGGCUCCAUCCAGUCCACUAAGGACUUUGUGAGGGCAUUCAAAGAGAAGAACCUGCCACUGCACAUACUCAUCAACAACGCUGGUAUUGCGAUGCUACCAUUCACUAUGACUGACGAAGGCCAUGAAAUGCACUAUCAGGUGAACCACCUUUAUCCAUUCCUCGUCACCUUGGAGCUACUUCCCAUCGUCGUGGAGACUGCCUCCACUAGCGGAGAUGGUAGGAUACUGUUUGUCUCCUCCUCUGGUCAUGUGCGUAAUGUGACUGGACCCGUCAACUUUGAGACAAUCGAUUCAGACCUUGACUACGGUCGGCUCAAAAGCUAUGGCCGUACCAAACUGUACAAUGUGAUGACGACCUUUGCCCUCCAGCGUAGGCUUCAAAAUGUCUCCAUUACAGUGUCUGCCCAACAUCCUGGCCUGGUGGCCACUGAGAUCAAGAGGGGGUACAGUGAUCAUCGAUUUCUCUCUUCUGUUGCAAGUGUUGUAAAUGCAACUAUUGCCCGUAAUCCUAAGGAUGGAGCAGCCACAACUCUGAACUGUGCCGUCAACCCUGCACUCAACUCCCAGGAAGCCUUCUACUACGACAGCUGUAAAGUGACUGCCCCUAACCCUGACGCCAGGAAUGAGACGUAUCAGGAGGAGCUCUGGAGAAGAAGUAUCGAGGCUCUUAGAGACCACCUCUCACCAGAGAUACUGGAGAAGUACGGACCCUCAACGGCUAUUGAAAGUGUGCAACCUGAACCCCCUUCCCCACCACUCCCUACUGAGGGCGAGACAGAAGAAGGUGAAGAGAUUUCUACUACUGCAGCUGCUACCGUUACUACUGGAGAUACAGUUACAACAGAAACGACUGGUGAUAAGGAACCUGAAGCUGGAGCACCACCCUCCCCACCCGAAAUAGUUGAAAAUGAACCAGAAGAUCCAGCUGCAAUCGAAGAUGCCACUAAGGACAGUAAUGAUGACUAGAACACUUAUUAAUUAUAAUUAUGUUGAUGGCAAAAUAAAAUAAAUGUCGAUAAGAGUAGAUAGAUCUACUUGAUGUCAUGAAUUUGGCAGUUUACAAA